GUUUACUCAAGCGGCUGUGUGUGUCAGGCAUGGCGGAUGAAGCAGAGUCACUGCCGCAGGGAUGGGAGAAGCGGACGAGCCGCAGCUCCGGCCGCGUUUACUACUUCAACCACGUGACCAACUCGAGCCAAUGGGAGCGGCCGGAGGGGGGCAGCCGCGGUGACGAGCCCUCCCAGGUGCGCUGCUCUCACCUGCUGGUGAAGCACAGCGGCUCGCGGAGGCCAUCCUCGUGGCGCGAGGAGCACAUCACUCGCUCCAAGGAUGAGGCCGUCUCCAUCCUGCAGGAAUACAUCCGGCAAAUCCGGUCCGGAGAAGUGCCAUUCGAGGAACUCGCCUCCAAGUACAGCGACUGCAGCUCGGCCAAGAAAGGGGGAGACUUGGGAUUCUUCAGCAGAGGCCAAAUGCAGAAGCCGUUUGAAGAUGCGUCGUACGCCAUGACAGUGGGGGAGAUGAGCGGACCGGUCUUCACCGAAUCCGGCGUCCACAUCAUCCAGCGCACGGGUUGACCGCGUCAAUGACCAGGGGGCAGGUGUCUUGACUCUCGGGUUAAAAUAAAUAACACAUCAGCUUCGUUAUAAUAAUAACAACAACUGCCACCACCUCCACCACCGUGUUACGUGGCACGUCGUCAGUAUGCUACCACUGCUUUUACAUUUCAGCAAAGCGUUUGUAGUCUCGGUUUACAAUACAUUUUUUAAAUUUUCUUUUAUGUUUUACUUUUUUGUGACCGUCAUUGCAUGCGUUUUAUUUUUUUAGCUCCCAAUCUAAAAAUAAGUAAAAGCAGGAAGUAGCGUUUUAGAUACCCGUGCCAAAAGAGAGUCAUCAGGACACUUGUUCAUCUUAAUUUCUUAUUUUUUUACGUACAUUUUUUUUUAGCGCCGCUAGUCUUAAGCAGCGGCAGCAGCAGCAGCAGCGUGCGCGCCAAAGAAUUGAAUGAACCACAUCGGGGCCACCGUGUUUAAAGCGAUGAGCGGCAGCUGGCAUAACGCCGCGGCAAUCAUUUAUAUCAUCCCUACCCGCCCUGCUGGCAAAAAAGAAAGCAUCCCGAGAUGAUUUUCGCGCAACGAAAGCAGGGUCACCUCACGCGCUCGCUGUCAUGCUCUUCAACGGCUUUUGUUUUGAACUGCUGCUACCCUCGCGCUAUUAAUGUUCAAUACCAUUAGGCGGCUGUUCUCUUCUAAAAAACUGAAAUAGUCGUAAUAAUGUGUUUUUUUUAGGAUUACUGUUAUUAUUAUUGUUUCGCUGCCGUAGUUGUUUUGCACUCGCCCCCCCCCCGCCCCCCCCCAAAAAAAACCAACGCGUCGUGCUGUGGCUUGGCUUAGCGGCAGAGCAAAGAUGGCAACGAAAAACCAACCGUGAAACGGGUGCUGUUGUAUUUUGGUGACGCAGGCGCGUUUUUUGUUUGUUUGUAUUAUCCACCACCCCGUAACGCUACCCUUCACGUGCUCACGCUGUUUGCUCUCGACGACUUCACAAUAAAAGUCCAGAAAAUUGUGGAAUAACGGAGGCAGCGCUCUGGUCUUUGCUGCCGCAAUUUGCAUCUUGGGUUGCGGCUGCAAACUUUACAAAGAGCGAGAUUUAUUUCGAACCGGUUUAAACCCCCUCACCCCCCCAAGAUUCAUUAAUCUGACCGAAAUGCAAGAUUUCAACAGGGUGGAUGGAGAGGGGGAAAAAAAUCCAUUAUUGUGCUUUGUGAAACAUAACAAAUGUAUUGAUGGUAAGAUUUAUUUUUUCUCUUUCUCUCCCUCUCUCCGCGGUGUGGUUGUGCUGGUUAAGGCUGCAGCUGCCUUCGUCUCUUUACUGUCAAAUAAAAGCAAAGAGAUUUACGCUGUAGCCGUAUUGAUGCACGGUAGUAAAGACGCACCGAGUUUUUUUUUUCAUUCGUUUGCUGGUUUACGCAGUUCCCAAUUUUUGAAUGCACGGCGCUCAGUGCAUGCAUAAUGUUAUCGCCAGUUCGACUUGUAUCCCUCUUAGAAAUCAAACGCGCAUUGUUUAGUGUGACGAGUGCAGUGGCAUAGGCAAAACAGCGGCCCGUGGGCCAGUCCCAAGUUGAAUGAAAUAUAAGCAAGACUACAAUGAUAUAUAAUUUUUCCAAUAUUGUAUUGUAACAUUAAAUGUGAUGGACAUUGUUUGCGAUGCUGUGUGUUCUUUCCUUUGUACGGGAAUGUCAUCGUGAUUAUAUCUAACCCAUUUAUUGUGGGUGCAAUAAAGAACAUUGCUUGGG